AUGCCGGCGAAGCCAAAGACCGGCGGCGGCUAUGCCUCAGGGCAAAUCCCGGACGACGAUGAGAGCGACGACAGCGACGAAGGCCAAAGCCGCGUGGACGCUGGCACAGGGCCCGAUGCAGAAGAGAAGGCGCACUUCUUGGAAGUUUGUUAUUCGUUUAUGGAGUAUGGCACAGACGCCUACUACGACCUUGGCCGAAUGCAGGAGACCGUUCAAAGCUUAGACAAGGCUGACAUGGCCAUGUGGAAGAUCGAUCCGUUGGCGUGGUACAAUGAGAUCCAGAAGCGUGUGCAGACCAACCUGAACUUCCUGCGGAUGCUUCCUAAUCCAGACGUUUGCGGGGCAGAUCUAGGCCGGCAGGCGUGGCAGCUCGUGACCCAGGUACCCGAGGGUCAUCGGGUGGCCAGCAGGAACUCAUCGAAGGUGCGCUCGACUCUACGCCAGUUUGUGCGUGAUUGGUCCAGAGAGGGCCAGGCCGAGAGGCAAGCCUCUUACGGGCCAUUGGUUUCAGCUCUUCUGAGACACCUUCCUCCCAAGGGGCAGGCCAAUGCGCCGGCUGUUCUCUGUCCCGGCUGCGGGCUGGCACGACUUCCCUUCGACUUGGUCCGCCUGGGGUAUGCAGCCCAGGGUAACGAAUUCUCCUAUCACAUGCUCUUGGGCAGCCACCUUAUCUUGAACCGCAGCGAUCGGGCCGAAUGCUUCAACAUCUUUCCUUUCGUGCUUACCCUAGCUAACCGGAAGAGCCGCUGGGACCAUCUGCGAUGUGUGAAGGUGCCGGACAUCUGCCCAUGCGAAGCGCUAGCACCAACGGCGCAACUGUCAAUGGCAGCAGGAGAGUUUGUGGAGGUGUACAAGACGCAAGCUGCUGAAUGGGAUGGCAUGGCAACAUGCUUUUUCCUCGACACGGCCAAAAACGUGUUCAUGUACAUCCGCCUCAUUGCCCACAUCAUGAGACCAGGUGGCAUCUGGACGAAUCUUGGUCCGCU